AUGGCUGGCGGAGCCAAUUCUUUGAACCAGUUCAUAAGAUUUGGGACUGACGCUUACGGUAUCGAACGCCUCCUCCGUCUCUUCCAAGCCCUCACCCAACUCCUCCUCGCCUACCCCUCCCUCGCCCUGAUCCUCUUACCCUUACCUUCCUCCCUGCUAUCCCCCUCCCCUUCCCCCUCCACGCCCAAGCCGCUGGAUCCGGUAAUCCUCUCCGCUAUCCGCAACCGCCUCGCCACUCUCCGCCGCCCCUUCCGUUUCUUCCGCUUCUUGGACUCGUUCACCGCGGCCUGGGCUGCAUGGCAAACCCCACUAUCAUCAACAUCAGCAGCAGCGGUGUCGAGUCCAAGGCCCGGAUGGUUACCGGAGCAGCUUGAGCGGUACCUGGACGCCGCGGCAAAGUCGUUCACGGGCAUGUACUACCUCCUGGAGAGCGCCACGUUCCCCGAGGCGCUGGACAUACCCGGCCUAAGCGUGUGGGGGGAGGAGCGGGCUAGACUGUUGGCGGUCGAGGCGCAGAGGUUCUGGUUUCUUGGGCUGGUGUGCGCGGUUCUCGCUGGCGGAUUGAGGGCCUUGUUUCUGUCAUGGGCUUUGUCCUUGUCCUUGGCCCCGGCAGCCGCAGGGGAGAGACGGGCUGAAGGGAGUGGGGAGGGGGAAGCGAAAGGGAACGUGCCGGCGACGAGGGGCGAAUCGGGUGGUGACGUGCAUGUGGUGGUUGGGCUGAGGGAGAAGAGGAGGAUCACUGCCAGGAGGAUGGUGGCCGAUGCGCUAGAUCUCGCUGUCCCCGGCUCAGUCAUCGGCUGGGUGCCAUUCUCUUCCGGGGUGGUGAGCUUGCUGAUGUUCUGGAGUACUAUCCUUACCGGGUUGGAGGUGUGGGAGAGGUGCGGGCGAGAAGUGGCUGCUGAAAAGGCAGCUGGGGAAGAGUUUGGGGGGAAAUUAAGGUAG